AUGUGGUUAACUCGGAUUUUCGCUCUUGCUGCUUUUUCGAUAGUCCCUUGUUAUGCCUUUUAUGACUGCCCCCGUGCCAGGUGUGAAACAUGCCUUCCAGCCAAUACUUAUGACGCCCCGGGAGUCGGGUUCGAUCUAACUCCUUCCUACGGAACAUCCGCUGUACAUUAUUCUAAUGGAACCGUCGUCGACGUUAUCCAAAUCCCUGGCAAACCUGAGUAUCUUGAGCUUAUGACACGCCUUGCAAAAGGAGGCAAGCCGGUAUUAAUUGAAGACCAAGGGAUUUUUCAAAGUUCCUACUUUAAGCUAUUCUCUCUUUUGGAUUCUUUCUUGGGUUUCCCUUUCCCAGCGCGGGCUGGGUGGCGCUGGUUGAAUGAAAUGCUCAAGCGACCGGUGGAAGUGGACGACAUAACAAUCAUCAGUGAAAUGCUUAGGGAUCUUCAGCUUACCACAGAGAAGCAAAUACUCCAGGGUCUAAAUAGAGUUGCUAUCACAACCCCUGAUAUUCAAACCUUGAAUUCGGAGAUGAUCAACAGUGCUCUUCAGGAGCUAGAUUUACAACCCUGGACGGGUGAUUGUCCAUGGUAUCCCAGACGUCUGGUAGAGGCAGAUGCUGUUUAUGCUGCUAGUGGACAUGGUCUAUGCAAAAAUUAUCAUGAUCUGUGGCAGUGUACAGAUGAGUUUGAAUGGGCCAGUUCUCCUACAAUUCUUUUUGUUUCAUUCACCCGCCAACUGCUAUACACCAGCAUUACCACACCUAUUGGGGGUGAAGCCCUAUUGCGCUUCGCAUACGAUGACAUGAAAUUUCUUGACUUCGAACUAGGGCUAGAUCGAAUUCUUGAAGCAGACAAUCCUGACUUAUUAUGGGCUCGUCUCCGUGAGCAGAUCAAAAGGUUUUCUCUGUCCUCCGAGUUUCGAAUCACCGGUUUUCUUUUAGCCGGCGAGAGCACAACAGACCCUCUUUUUCUGACUAAUUUGAAAGACGCCUUGGCCGGGCUGUCGGAACCUCAUAUCGAAUCCAAGAUAGUCCCUUUCGCCUUGAUGGGAUCUGCCCAAGGAGAAAACCCCAUAGAGAAACCUAUGGAUCUGACUUUCGCAGCUGCUCGAGGAGCAGCCUUGUAUGCAAGAAGGCGACAAGAAGUACAGUGCGAUUGCUCAGAGCCUGAGGAAUGUACAUUAUUGCGACAAAAAGAGCGAUCAGAUGGCCAAGUGAAGCUAGACUUAUGA